UCUGAUAUCAAUGUCAGAUAAGAUCUUCCAUCGCCGCGGCGAUCAAGUUUCAGGCUCAACCUAUGGCCGGAACCACCGUUGUUCGCUCUUGCCAACUAGGACUCCAGCACCGGGCGGAAAACCUCUCGGGACAUGGAACGAGAUCCCACGACACACGCAAACUAUUUUGAGAUAGCCUCCCAGAGCGUCGCGUUCGACUGGAGUCUCGAUUUCGAAACCAGCAUAUUGACUGGCUCUGCGACCCAUCGAUUGAAGGUCCUGAAGGAUGGGGUCUCAGAAGUGAUCUUUGACACGAGUGAUCUCGAAGUCCAAGAUGCACAAGUCGAGGGGGAAACGGUCAAGCAUACUCUGGGCGCCAAACAUCCUGUGAUGGGAUCGGCUCUCCAUAUUCCUCUGCCAUCCAAUCUCGAAGCUGGACAAUCCAUCAGCGUGGGUAUCCGGUACAAGACGACGAAAGAUUGCGUCGCCCUUCAGUGGCUGGAGAAAGAACAAACCCAAGGGCGGUCGUUCCCAUUUUUGUUCAGCCAAUGCCAGGCUAUCUACGCGCGCACCAUGGCGCCUGUGCAGGACACGCCCUCUGUCAAGAUUACAUACACCGCGCGCGUCAAAUCAGUGCUGCCUGUGCUACUUUCUGCCAUCAGAAUCAAUCCCCCAUCGGGUGGUCCAGCGCACGGGGGUGCUGCGAUUGGGAAGGAAGUGGUCACAUACGAGUACACGCAGCCUGUCCCGAUCCCGACCUACCUGAUCGCCAUCGCCUCCGGCAACCUGCGAUACAAGGCUUUCGAUGUACCAACUGGGAAAGAGUGGAAGAGCGGUGUCUGGGCUGAACCAGAGUCGAUCGACGCGGCCUUCUGGGAAUUCAGUGAAGACACCGCCAAGUUUUUAGCUGCGGAAGAAUCAGUCGUGACGCCCUACCAGUUUGGUGUCUACGAUCUGCUCGUUCUCCCGCCCUCUUUUCCUUAUGGUGGAAUGGAAAACGCGUGUUUGUCUUUCUUGACGCCCAGUUUGCUGACAGGGACGCGAGACCUGGUUGAUGUCGUGGUCCACGAGCUGACACAUUCGUGGUUUGGGAACGGCAUCACCCAUGCCCAUGCGACCCAUUUCUGGCUCAACGAGGGCUGGACAACAUACAUCGAACGUGUGCUUCAGCAAGUCCUCAAGUCGCCUGCGGCUCGCGGCUUCUCUUACAUCAUCGGGCGGGCCGCCCUCGACCACGCGCUCCAGGAGUACACACCGACGCCCCGGUACCGGCGUCUUGUCAUCGACUUUGAGGUCGGGGAGGACCCUGAGGACGCAUACUCUGACAUCGCCUAUGAGAAGGGGGCGAAUCUUCUCCUCCACAUCGAACGAACCCUCGGUGGCCUGGACGUUUUUCUGCCGUACGUCAAGGAAUACGCCAACACUUUCAUUGGAAAGAGCAUCACGACUGGGGAAUGGAAGUCGCAUCUCUACAGUUAUUAUGCCAAACAUGGUGGCGCUGAGAAAGUGGCGGCUCUGGACAGCAUCGACUGGGAUGCGUGGUUCUAUGGACAAGACCUGGGUCUGCCAGUGAAGAUGGAAUAUGAUACCAGCAUGGCGCAGGUCCCGUACGAUCUUGCAGCACGAUGGGACAUCUCUCGCUCAACGGCAGACGUCGAAGGAUUGGAAUUUGUCAAGGCGGACGUCACCGACCUGCUUUCCACUCAGAUCGUCGUUUUCCUUGAGCGGCUCCAAGAAUAUCCCGGUCUACCGCAUUCACACCUCUUGCACCUGGGCAACUUGUAUGGUAUCAGCGCAUCGCAAAACUCCGAAUCGAUUUCCGCCUCCCAUUUCGCCCCCGAAGCUGCACGGUGGGUGGUAGGCGACGACGGGACUGGCGUCAUCAAGGGCAGAAUGAAGUUCUGUAGGCCCACUUUGCGGGCAGUGUUUCUUGUCGACAAGGCGUUGGCUACGAGUACCUGGACCAAACACCAAACCAAAUUCCACCCGAUUGCUCGGAAGAUGGUCGACAAGGACUUAGAACUACCCUGAGCACCAUCCAUCCAGGUUGACGAUGGCAAGAAAUAGAUAUCGAAAAAAU